GCGUGGUCGCCGUAUAAAUAUGAUUCAAGCCUAUACCAGUUAGUUGACAAUUUGCUUGUUAACUUUGCUAAAGUAUGAUAAGAAUGGAAAGCUUAGUGAUGGGGGUUGCACACUGGAAGAAUUCUGGUCAAUUUGGUGUUAUGAACAACGAAUUGUCGAGGUUUGCGUCUUUUAAAACCUUUCCUGCAGAUUCUGUUGCAAGGCCAAUACGACUGGCUCAGGUGGGAUUCUAUUACACUGGCUCGGGUGAAGAAGUUAUUUGCUUCUGUUGUGGAGUGAGAAAUGAUGUUUGGACUGAGGACGAGUCUUUGCUGGAAGUUCACCGGCGACUUUCCCCGCAAUGCAGAUAUAUAUGUGGUGCGGAUACCACUAAUAUUGCCAUUCAUGGAGAUACAGUAUCAAAGUUUUCGAAAGGAGUGCAUGAGAAUUCUGUGUUUAAAGGAUCUACGCAUGCUGCUGGACAAUCAAAUGUAAUAUCCGAAGAUUUGAGGAAUUUGGAUGUAACCGGCAUAUCGACUCGGCAUGAGUUUACUGAAAAUCUAACAGUAGAACAUAGGGGUACAAAUCAAGAAUAUGGCAUGCCGACGAAGUCUGUGUCAUCGCUUACGAACGGACAGAUUGAAAUUUAUCCAGGGAUAAGCCAUUCCAGACCUAAACAUUCCCAGUAUGCAUUGUUAAGUGAGCGGCUAGCAUCAUUUCAUGAAUGGCCUGAGCGGCAUGUUGCUGACCCAAAUGUUUUAGCUAAAGCCGGAUUCUACUCUGCAGGUAUGCAAGACUGUGUAAGAUGCUUUUUCUGCAAUGGAGGUAUGAAAAAUUGGCAGACAGGAGACAAUCCAUGGGUCGAACAUGCGAAGUGGUUUCCCAGUUGUGAAUACCUGAAGUUGUGCAAAGGAGAAGCCUAUGUCAACAUUUGCAACUCAUCAGUUAAUGCUGAUAUUGUCACAGUUUAUGAUAAUGAGUUGCAAAUGGAUCAAGAGAAUUGUCCCGAGGACUGGUUUAUAGAAAACAUAAACAGUGCUGCGGCCAAAACUCUGUUAUCCAUGGGAUAUAAACAAGAGGAUGUUGAAAAGGGUGUCAUGUUUGCAAGACAGAAAUACGAUCCAGUAGAAAUCAAAGCUCAGUGUAUCAUGGAAUAUAUGCUAGAGGCAAAUAAGCAGUGUUUUACACAACCGCUUCCAGCAACCGAGAAGCACAAAAUGUCUGAGCUGGUAAAAAGAAAAGACCAACCACAAAAUGGUAUCAGUAAUGCGACAGAGAGUAACGGCAAUAGAAGUAAAAUUAAAUCAGAAAAACAAAGAUUAGAGGAAGAAAAUCGUAAACUUAAGGAUCUUAUAACGUGUAAAAUUUGCCUUGAUAAUGACGCAUGCGUGGCAUUUCUUCCAUGUGGUCAUUUGGCGUCUUGUGUAGACUGUUCGAAAUCUUUGAGAAAAUGUGCCGUUUGUAGAACAGUAGUCCAAGGGACAGUCAGGGUCUACCAAGCUUGAAAUACUUUUUACAAAUUUAGACACAUAAAUUGAAAGUAUUUGUAUUAGAAAUAAAUAAAGAGGUGGUCAGCAGUGCUUUUUUUCUGACAGUUCAUUAUCAUGACAUUCAGGUUGAGGAUGACUCAAGUUUUUAUACUUUACAACUUUAAAAAGGCAGCUAAUAUAAAAAUGUUCCAGUAUUUUACACUCUUGUCAUCAUUUUUAAUUUGUUCAUUUAUUGAUACUUUCUGUUUUGUGUUGUGCACUUUUAAAAUUUUACUAUACAUAUGUGUAUAUUACGGCAAAGAUGAUUUUUGUAUUUGUCACUAGAAAUAAAGUUUAUAAUAUUUCCUCAAUGUUUCCUAUAACACUGAAUGACAGUUUAUGACCUUCAGGUUGGGAACAACUAUACAUUUUGUUCUAUACAAACAAUAAUAAGGCAGCUUAUAUAAAAAUGUACCAGCAUUUUACCCUUUUAUCAUUUUCAAUUUGUUUAUUAAUUGUUAUUCUAAAAGUUUAAAGUUAUAUUUACACUUUAAUUAUAAUUUUACUGUACAUGUGUAUAUAUUACGGCGAUGGUGAUUUUUGUUUUUGUCACUAGAAAAAAAGUUUAAAAUAUUUCCAAAAAGUUUCAUAGACUACUGAAUGACAGAUCAUUAUUAUGACCAUCAGGUUGGUAACGACUAUACAUUUUUUUCUAUACAACAAUAUUAAGGCAGCAUAUAUAAAAAUGUACCAGCAUUUUACAUUGUUAUCAUUUUCAAUUUGUUUAUUUAUUGAUAUUCUUUGUUUAAUGUUAUAUGUACACUUUAAUUAUAAUUUUACUAAACAUGUGUAUAUAUUACCGCAAAGGUGAUUUUUGUUUUUGUCACUAGAUAUCAAUUUUAUAAUAUUUCCUAAAUGUUUCCUAGACUACUGUACGACUGUUCAUUAUUAUGACCUUCAGGUUGAGAAAGUUUAUACUCCAUGUUCUUUACAACAAUAAUAAGGCAGCAUAUAUAAAAAUGUACCAGCAUUUUAAACAUUUAUCAUUUCUAAUUUGUCGAUUUAAUUAUAUUUUUCGUUGUGUUAUAUUUUCACUUUAAUUAUAAUUUUACUACACAUGUGCAUAUAUUGUGGCAAAUGUGUUUUUUUUUCUAGUCAGUACAAAUAAAGUUUAUAACAUUUUCUCAAUGUUUCUUAAACUACUUAAUGACUGAAAGCAAUUCCCCAAAAACACUUGAUCUGGACACUUGUAUGUUAUCUGGUUCUGUUCUCUUACAUGUUGGUAUUCUAUAUUUUCACGUACGCCUGGAAUACCGAAAAAAUAGUGCAUCGUAGCCUUUCUAUUUUUAGAAAAUACCGCCCCUUAUAAUUAAUUACCAUAUUAAGAUAACGUGUACUGAAACACUCAACAACAAUGUAUUCUUGCCUGUCUGUAUGAUUAAAGAGAUAUUUUAAUGCAAUUAUACAUAGUUUAUUGUGGCAGGGAGUUAUCUUAAAUAUAUGUUAGUCUCUAAGAGGCUCAGUGUCGGUUUUGGAGACCAUGCUUGAUUGUUUAAGAUUACUUCUGUAUUUUUAACCGUAACUUCAGUACAGACCGGUAUUCGCAA